CAAAUCCGACUCCGUAACUCCAUAAAACUACCCCUCUUCCCAAUAUCGAACGUACAUGUCCGUCCCACCAUGGAGUGACUCACCACGCCAUCUCACUAACCGAAAAUCUCUCACUCACUCACUCUGCAUCUUCCUCCUUCACCAUCACAACCUCAACCACCCAUGUCUCUCACACCAGAUCCCCCUAUUCCCGGGCUCACUAUCCGCCCGGAACUCCCGCCCGACGCAGCGCCCAUCACAGCCGUCACCCUCGCAGCCUUCAGUGCCUCCCCCCACGGCGAAGAAGCCAUCGUCACCGCCCUGCGCGCCUCCUCGGCCCUCACGCUCUCUCUAGUCGCCGUCCUCCCUCCUUCCUCCCGCUCGCCAUUCUCGUCUCCUGUACCAUCACCGCCUCGCGAAGAACCCGAAUCGGACCGCAUUGUCGGCCAUGUAGCCUUUUCGCCCGUCCAGAUUCUCGCUGAGCCCGGCGCGGCGCCGCCGCCGCAAAAGUGGGUCGGUCUCGGACCCGUGUCCGUCAGUCCAGCCUUUCAGCGCCGGGGUAUCGGGGCGGCCUUGAUUGCUGAAGGCCUCAGGAUCCUUCGCGAAGAGGGCCACUUUGAUGGGUGUGUGGUCUUGGGGAACCCUGUGUUCUAUGGAAAGUUUGGAUUUGUGGUGGGCAAGGGGCCGGUGCUGGAUGGCGUCCCAGCCAAGUAUUUCCAGGCGCUGAUGCUCAAGGAGAGCGUAGAGUGGCCAGUAGGAAAAGUAAAAUAUCAUGAAGCAUUUGGUGUUUAAAAGAACUAGGCAUAGAAGAGGGAAGCAUUUGGCGGCGUUUUAUGAAAGAUAAAUCUAGCAUUGGUACUUUCUCAUAAACAUUCUUAAAGGCGGGC